GAUUUAACCAAAAAUUUAACGUCCAUUAUGUAUCAAUAUCUUUUAAAUGAUUGAGAUUAGACUCUUAAAUUUGUGGCAUAAUAUAUUAAUUAUAUUUGUAUGUUUCGGUUAUGUAAUGCCAAUAAGCAACGAUAGAGCUACACGGAUAAAAACAUUAAACUUUGACAUAAGAGGCAUAAAAGGAAAGUCUACAGAGACUAAGGCAAAUGUUCAGCAAAAUACUCAAUUCCUGACCAUUGCACCUGCCUUACCAAUUUUACCUGGAGCACCUAUACCACCAAAAUUAUCCAAACGCUGUUAUAACUCAUUUAGUCCAGGAGAUUCUGCAUUUAACACAGACAAUGCCAAAGUUGAGAGUUCUAAUGCAGUUACACUGCAAUGGACAAGCGAAGGGAAGACUAUGGUUGCAACAAGAACAGUUACAGAAAAAGAAAAAAGUCCUGACAGGAUAUGUCUUGAUAGAAGAGGUCUCACUACAUUCCCAAAUAUAGUUGGAGAACCACGUUUGCGUCUAUUAUCUCUCCAACAUAAUCUUCUCACAAAGAUAGAGAACUGCAAUUUCUCUCAAUUAACAAAAUUAGUAUUUCUUGAUUUAUAUGAUAAUCAGAUUGAGAAAAUUUGUAAUUUCGAAGUGUUAGAAAAUCUGAGAGUGUUAUUAAUUGGGAAGAAUAGAAUAAGAAGGGUUGAAGGUCUAAAGCAGCUUUCUAAAUUAGAAGUUUUAGACCUUCAUGGAAAUCAAAUUCUACAAGUAUCAGACUUAGAAACUUUGGCAUCUCUGAAAGUACUUAAUUUAGCUGGAAAUAAUAUUAAAGCAAUAGGCUACCAUGAUUUUCAAGGUUUAGCAUCACUUAAGGAGUUAAAUCUCAGACGUAAUAAAAUCAAGAAAUUAUUAGGCUUUGGUGAAACACCACAAUUACAAAAAUUAUAUUUAAGUAAUAAUGACAUUCAAAAAAUUGAAGAUUUAGGAAGUUUAGCAAAAGCAUUGCAACUUAGGGAAGUGACAAUUGAUGGAAAUCCUGUAACUCUGAAUGGAGAUUAUGUGUCAUUUCUUGUGUCAUAUUUACCAAAUUUACAAUUUUUAUCUACCAUGCCAGUCACUGAACAAAUUCGAAGAUCUGCUAUGGCUUGGAAGACAACUAAGGAACAAAGUAAUUCAACUUUCUUAAGCCUUAGUGCACAAGUUUGUAUGAAUGUUCGAAGAGAAGAAGUUAUAUCAAAUGCUAAAAUAAAUUGGGAACUUCUUAGAUGUCAUUCUAAGUCCUCUGCAGAUAACAAUGGAAACAAUAUUCGAAACAAUAAUAUUGGUUUGAUGCAAGUUCAAAAGUCAAAUAAAUUUAAUACAUUAAAGCCUAAGAGUUUAGAAAAAGUAAAGUCAAAGGGUUUUGGAAGUUUGACUUCAAUAAAUGAAAACAUAGAAGCAACAAAGAUAAACAUUAAGAAACGGAGUAAUUCUACUGAUAAUUUAUUUAGAUUAAAAGACACAACUAAAACAUAUCCUUUAGAGUUCAAACUCCCCCCUAUUUUGGGCUCUAUUGUAGAUAAUCUAAUUAAUAAUAAAUUUGACGAAAAAGCAGGUAGGGGUAAUAAGAGCUCAACAAAAGCAAAGAUUAGUAGUGAUGCUGACAGUGAGUCAAACAGUGACUCAGAAAGUUCAGAGAGUCAUGAGAACCUAAAGAGUUGUUUGAAAUCUCAUCUUAUUAACAAUUAUAUGUCUCCUCGUGAUGCUAAUAAAUUUGAUAAGAAAAUAUUUAGUUCUAUAAAUGUUUCUUCUAUUUCGACUGCCAUUCAUGAAGAAAAAGGAAAUAAAAAUUAUACAAUUUUGGAAUCUACUGAAAUAUUAAAUGGUGAUGAGAAUUUGGAAAAAGUAUCUCAAAAUGUGAAACUUCAUGAUCAGCAUGGCACAAGCGAUUGCCAAUCGAAAUCAAGCGUUGGUUCCUCUGGCUAUUUCUCAUUAAGUUCGAAAACUAAUAGCGUGGACAGCUGUAAGUCUGUACUCAGUGAUUCCAGCAUAUCGUCUGCUACUAAGAAUGUAUUAUUAAAAUGUAAGAAUUCAGAAAAAGAUAAAAAUAGAAUAAAGAGUGCUCAGGUAAAGAAAAUAGUAAGUUACAAAAGUAAUAGAGCUGCAACUGCUAGAGCUAAAUAUAGAGCUUCAACACCACCAAGUCCACCUCCGAUGCAAAACCUACCAAAGGAGAGAGAACAAGGAGGAGAUUAUUUAAUAGAAAUAGUUGGUCGUUGUUUGAAUGUUUAUGGCCAAGGUGCAUUACGUUUUAUUGAUAAACCAUGGGACUGUUCGAAGGCUCAAGAUGUUAAUGUCGUUAAGUUUAAUUAUGUACAGUUCAAUGAUGUGGCCAAAGUUUUGUGUAAAGUAAAAAAUAGAUUUCCAAACAUAGAACACUUUACGUUUAAAGAAACUAACAUUAGUUAUCUUGGACAACUCAAUGCUUUAGCUGAAGUACAGGGAUUAACCAGCAUUCAGAUAGAAAUCGGGAAUCCGAUUAUAUCGAAGGAUUGGAAAGUGUAUGCUAUAUUUCGUUUAGCUCAUUGGGGACUGAAAAUCAUCAAUGGGAAGGAAAUCACAAACGAAGAAAUUGAAAUGGCAAAUAAAGAGUAUGCUGGUCUUGUUGACAUUGUGAUGUGUUCACUGCCAGAAUCAUUGUUACAGCCUCUAUUACAAAGACUCCACUUAGAGAAAGUGCAAAGACAAAAUGGAGAACAAAUUACUGCCAAACAAUUUUUACUGAACAGUGAUCCAGCCCUCAGAAGUGUUGUCGCGAAGGAGGCGUUGCAAUGGAGGAAAGGAUGCAUAACACAGGAGGAUCUUAUCUGGAGACAUAGAGGAAAAGUGCAUGUGUUAGGCCUGAUCAAUCUCACUAUAGACGCAGUACAAAAGUUGCAAUUACUUGAAAAUAAAUGGCCCCGUAUUUUGUGCGAAAUAAUUCACACUACUUUAUCGGAUUUUUCUGAAAUGGACACGUACAUGAAACGCUGUAGCGAGACACUUAAAAAUGACAAAUGA